ACAAUGAGCAACGCCGCUUCGACAUUCCGCCGCCGUCUCGGCCGUGCCCCCUCCCCGCCGACCUGGCUCUGGUACGAGCAGAUCCCGUACGACGAGGACUCGAGUUGCUCCGAAGAUGAUGCCUCCGUUGAUGGCGGCGACUACGAUGACGAGCAUGACAACUCGUGCUCGGAAGACGAUGAGGACUACUCCCAUGCGCAUAGAGCGCGGUCGGAACGAGGCGGCGCUCCCGCGGCACCUGCCAGCGAAUCCGGUUCCUCAAAUGGCGACUCGGCUUCCGGCUCAGAUGAGGCGGGUAGAGGCGCCCACAUGGCACAGCAGGACCGCCUGCGUGCGUCGGACGGCAGUUGCCCGAAGGACUCGAUGAAGGACGUGAAGGGCAAGCAGCGCGCUGUUGAGCCUGAAGUCAGCGAGAGUCCGAAGCGCCGCGAGCGUAGGAAGAAGCGUGAGCCGGUGUUCGCGCUCCGGCCUAUUUUGACUAUUCAGAAGAGUCAGGGCUUCGUCUGGAAUCAGGAUCUAUUUGUCCCGCCAUACAUCAAGGAUCGCUAUGUUGCGUCUACCUCUCCAGCGAAUUCGAACGGCUGCAUUUCACACUGCGCAUCGUCGUACAAUUCGAUGCAAGAUUACGAAGUCGAUGUCGUCGAGAUACGUGUCGAGGAGGGCGAGUAUGCUGAUAUCAUUUCGUAACUAGCUCUAUGGUUUUGGCACCGUCGCUCCCGCAUGUUUCAACAACACAAGCACAGCACAAACAUAGAGGGAUACCUUGCACCACUAGCUUCCUACAUUUGCGUGCGGACCCUUCUUCUGACCUCCUGUCGAUUUCGAUUAAUUCAUCAUCUCACGCCGACCCACCUUCGACCGCCCUUAACGAGUUCAUAGCGUCUCUUUGUUUUACUAGUCUUCGUUCUCUCUUAUUACGAGCAUGUUAAAUAGGAACAACAUAUAUAUUCCGUCAAUAAAGAAUCCG